AUGGAUGACAACAACACAACAACAACAAUAACAGAUCAAUUGAAUUCUCUUCGUUCAAUUUUACGUUCAGAUGAUCAUCUUCAAAUUCAACCAUCAGGAGAUUUUGAACAAGUUCGAAUUAAACUUGAUUAUGAUAUACAAAUAAGUUUUUUCUUUGAUUCACUUACUAAUUUAAAUAAACCAUUAACUAUUAAUAAUUUACAUGAUUUACGUCUUAAUAAAUCAUCAAAUAAAUGUCCAUUAAAUAAUGAACAAUGGACAAAUAUUCGUAAAUAUUUUGAUGAACUUAUUCAACAAUCAAAUGAAUCAAUGUUACUUCAAUCAAUUAUUGAAUUAAUUCAAGAUAAUUUAUUAAAAAAUAUAACAAAAAAUUCAAAAUCAAAGCAUAAAACAAAAAAAUCAACAGAAACUACAUCAUCCGAAGAUAUAUCAACAAUGACAAAUAAAUUUCGUGGUAGUGAUUUAAUAUUUAAUCGAAUAUUACAUGAUAAAACAAUUGAUCGAUCACAAGUUAUAAUUGGCUAUGAAGAUCGUUUUACUGGCAUACAUGAAAUUCCAUUUAAUGAAUUUAAAAAAGUCCAUGAACAUGAGUAUGGAGUUCCAAUGCAUCGUAUUCGUUAUUAUAAAAUCAAUGGACAAAUUGUAUGGGAUCGAACAAAAAGAUUAGAUAUCCUAACGGGUAGUGAUCAACUAAAUGAAACAUUUAAUGAUACUGAACAAACACCCACUCUUGUACAAGGACUCUAUCGUUUUGAUCAAUCACUUCAGCAAUGGAUUGAAUGUCCACAUAUAUCAUUAACAUCAGAUGAUUCGAAAAUAUUAUCAACAAAUGAAACAUGUCUUCCUGAACGAUGUCAUUUUGUAACAUGGAAUACUUUAUUUGACUAUUAUCAAUCGACACUUAUUUAUAGUUCUCAACGAUAUCGAUCAAUACUUGAUACACUUAAAUCACUUUUACCUGAUAUUAUUUGUUUACAAGAAGUAACUAUAGAUUUUCUUAAUCUAUUAUUAAAUGAAAUAUGGUUACAAGAAAAUAAUUAUUAUAUUAUUAUUAUGAAAAGUAUUAUUGAUAAUGAUAAAAGAAAAGCCUAUGGACAAUUAAUGAUGAUGAAAAAUUUUCGACCUCGAUCAUUUUCAAUAUGUCCACUUGAUCUAUCUGAUGAUCAUGAUAGAGCAACAAUAACAAAACAGAAAUUAACAAAAGGAUUAAUUAUAGCUCGAUUUGGUUUAAAUCCUAAAAUAACAAUUGAUCUUGCUAAUCUUCAUUUACAUAGUGAUCUUUCACCUAAUUCAAGUGAAAAACGUUGUCAAGCAUUAGAAAAUCUUUUUAAAAAAAUGAAAACAUAUAAUUAUAUGCUUAUUGGUGAUUUUAAUUUUGGAGAUAAUCAUUUAAAAGAACAAAAUAUUCUUGCAACAUAUGAAAAUGAAGUACAUGAUUUAUGGAAAGAUAUUUAUCAUCUUGAUCAAAAUCCUGGUUUUACAUUUGAUCCAUCAACUAAUAUUUGUGCUCGAAUUACAUCGAAUUCAAAAACUAGCCGUCGUUUAGAUCGAUAUUUAUUACAUACAUUAGAUAAUCUUUCUUA